AUCUUCUUCAAAAUCCCCCAAGUAGUUGGAGGACUGGAAGCGGCUCGCGUCCGAGAUUUGUUCAAAGAAGCACGAAAAGAGUUCCUGCAUUAUUUACAUUGACGAGAUCGAUGCCAUUGGCCGCCAGCGUUCCCAGGGUGGUGGUGCUUUUGAUGGAGCAUCUUGUGAAAGUGAACAGACAUUAAAUCAACUUUUAGUGGAAAUUGACGAAAUGUUAACUCGCGAAUGUCAACACUGACGCUCUUCUGAAAGUGACCAUUGUUCCUCGUGCGAGCCAGGCCCUGGGAUUCGCUCAGUACACGCCCACCGACAAGCGACUCUUCUCUACUGAAAAACUUUUCGGGCAGAUGUGCAUGGCCUUAGGCGGGCGAGUGGCCGAAUCUAUCACGUUCCGAGUGAUAACCGGAGCACAAAAUGAUCUACAUAAAGUCACCAAAAUUGCCUACUCGCAGGUGAGAACGUACGGAAUGAAUGAAUCAAUGGGUCCCAUUUUAUUCCCGGAUGAGGAUCGCAAUUCGAGGGAAUUCGGAGUUCGACCUUACAGUAAAAGAUUGGCUAACACGAUGGAUGACGAAACUCGGAAUAUUAUCGCCAGCGCUUACAAGAGGACCGAAAGUAUUUUUCUCCAGCACCGCCACAUGCUCGAGAAGAUUGCAGAGGAGUUGCUUCUUAAAGAGACGCUCAACUACCAUGACAUGAAAGCUCUGGUCGGUUCGCCACCACACGGCCAGAAACAGUUGAUUGAACCUCUUCAGUUUGAAGCUGAGAUUAACGAACAAGCCGGUAUUGCACCCGGUAGAUCCCAGCAACAGUCUCCACCUCUCCCUGAAGACUAGACUCUUUUUUCUAAUCUUUUCUAGAUCCAAGUGCUUUGACUUUUUCCAAUGUACAAAAAAUAUGUUUGUGUAAAAAUUUUUCUUAAAUAAAGUGCUUUAUG